AUGUCGUCCACCAAGAACGACGCGAGCACUCCUCUCGAUGAGGACUCCGCCGGCCAGGCCAUCUCCGUCCCCGACUCUGGCGACACCGGCGAGAGUGGCAAACUUAAGAUGAUCAUUCAGCUCAUCAAGAAGUGCUUCGGGGUCAAGGACAUCGCGACCAUGCGUCUCUCCCUCCCCGCAUCCCUUCUGGAACCAAUCCCAAAUCUCGAGUACUGGCACUACUUGGACAGACCGGAUCUCUUUGCUGCAAUUAACGACUCCGAUGAUGCUUUCGAGCGUAUGCUGGCCGUACUCCGCUUCACUUUCUCCAAGGACCUCAAGUUCAUCAGAGGCAAGGUUGUCAAGCCCUAUAACUCUGUCCUCGGAGAGCAUUUCCGCUCGCAUUGGGACAUCGUCCCCCACCUCUACAUCGGCCCCUCCACAGCCAAGGAUAUUCCGUCAUCCUCCUACUUCUUCUCCUCCAGCGCCGCGUCAACCCCGAACUUCACCCAUUCCGAGAGCACGAGUAUCAAGAGCGGCCGCUCCGGCAAGAGCGGCUUCAGCGCGCUUAGCCUUGCUUCUCGUACAGGGAAGACCACACCGUCCACGUCCCCAGAGCUCGUUGAGUCCAACCUCGAGGCCGGCAUGUCUUCCCUGAGCCUUGGCAAUGACCGGUCAAUUGACGUCUCCGAGGACACCGCUGCGGACCAGCCACGCGUUCGCGUCACUUACCUCACCGAGCAAGUCUCGCACCACCCCCCAGUCUCGGCCUACCACGCCGCCUGCCCAAGCCGCCACCUCGAGCUCGUCGGCAUCGACCAGAUUUCGGCCAAGGUCUCUGGGACCACCGUCCGCGUCUCGCCCGGCUCGUUCAACAAGGGCAUCUUUGUCCGCAUCACCGGCGAGCCUGGCACGGGCGAGCAGUACCACAUCACGCACCCUACCGCGGCCGUGAACGGCAUCCUCCGCGGCUCGUUCUACAUCACCGUCGCGGACUCGACCGUCGUCACUUGCUCAGGCGGCGCCAACGGGGACGGCCCGCAGCUGCGCGCGGUGAUCGAGUACAAGGAAGAGUCGUGGCUCGGCAAGGCGCAGUUCGCGCUCGAGGGCGUCAUCCACACGUAUGACCCCAAGGGCUCCGCGCACGCAGAGUGGACGAAGGUGAAGCACGUCCCGCGCGAGAACGUGCUCGCCGUCUUCGACGGCUCCUGGCGCGGCGAGAUCCGCUGGAAGCGCGUCGACGCGCCCGACUCCGAGUACGCGACCCUGCUCGACGUCUCGACGCUGCACAUCGUGCCCAAGACGGUCCGCCCCCUGGAGAAGCAGCUGCCCGACGAGAGCCGGAAGCUGUGGGACAACGUCACGAGCCGGUUGCUCAAGAAGGAGUACAACGACGCGACCAAGUACAAGCUCCAGAUCGAGCAGAAGCAGCGCGACGACGCUGCCGAGCGUAAGCGCACGGGCGUCGAGUUUGUGCCGCAGUUCUUCGAGAAGGACAUCUUGACCGGCGCUCCACAGCUCACCGCCGCUGGCCGCAAGGCGCUCGAGGAGGAGCUCGCGGAGGACGCCGAGCACGAGCUAGAACCCACCACGCCCAAGAUCAAGACCGCCGACGCCGCAUGA